AUGCAGCGUAUAAUCCGCACCGCGAUCGCAGGCGCGGCCACCGCAGCGUUCGCCGUCUUCCUAUGGAUCGGGCCUUCGUCCGUACAGGCCGCGGCCAUCGGCGGCCCCUUCCAACUCGUCGACCACAGCGGUCAGACGGUCACCGAGGAAAGCUUCGACGACCGCUAUCUGCUGGUCUAUUUCGGCUACGCCUACUGCCCUGACAUAUGCCCAACAGAGCUGCUCAUCAUGGGCCAGGCUGUGGACGAACUCGGCGACCUCAGCGACGAGGUUCAGCCGCUCUUCGUCACGGUCGACCCGGCACGCGAUACUGUGGCGGCGCUUGCCGAGUAUGUGCCGUCAUUUCACCCCCGCCUGGUCGGCCUCACCGGCAGCGAGGAGCAAAUUCACGACGCAGCCAAGGCCUACCGCGUCUAUCUACCGGCUAAACGAGCCGGACGAAGACGGCGCCUAUCUGGUCGACCACACGUCCUACAUCUAUUUCAUGGACCCCGACGCACCUGGACUGAGCGGGCAGAGCUAGGCGGGCGAAUGGCGGAUUCGGGAGACAGCGCCGCCACCAUCGCCGCGGCGCGGGAGCGCGAGAAGCGCCUGCGCUCGAUAACCCGGACGGCACCGGACGCCAUCGUCAUCAUCGACGAGACCGGCACCAUCGAUACGGUCAACCCGGCGGCGGAACGCCUCUUCGGCUAUUCCGGCGCCGAGCUCGUCGGCCAGAAUGUGAAGAUCCUCAUGCCCUCGCCCCAUCGGGAAGCCCACGAUUCCCACCUCGCCCGCUAUCGCGAGACGGGCGAGAAGCGCGUCAUCGGCAUCGGCCGCGUCGUGGUCGGCAGGCGCAAGGACGGGACGACCUUCCCCGCGCGUCUCGCGAUCGGAGAGAUCGAGCUCGAUCAGGGGCGGCUCUUCACCGGCUUCAUCCACGACAUCACCGAGCGGGAGACCAUCCAGCGGCGCGCCGGCAUCCUCCAGCAGGAGCUCAUGCACGCCUCACGACUCUCCGCCAUGGGCGAGAUGGCGUCGGGGAUCGCGCACGAGCUGAACCAGCCGCUGACGGCCGUCAUGAACUACACGCGGGCGGCGCGGCGGCGGCUCGACCGCCCUGAAGCGGACCCCGCGCCCGUCGCAGACCUCGUCGACAAAGCCGGCAAGCAGGCGGAGCGGGCGGCAGAGAUCAUCAAGCGGCUGCGGCGCUUCAUCAAGAAGGACGACAGUGGCCGCCGCCUCGAGCCCAUCAACGCAGUUGUCGAAGAAGCCGCGGCGCUGGCGCUGAUCGGCGCGAGCGACCGGCACAUCGAGUUGAUCUUCUCCUUGGACGACGCGCUCCCGCCUGUCCUGAUCGAUCGCAUUGAGGUGCAACAGGUCGUGCUCAACAUCCUGCGGAACGCCAUUGAGGCGUUCGAGGAGUCAGGCGAGCGAAAGAUCCGCAUCUCGACCCAGGCGGUCGCACCCCGGCAGGUGCAGGUCGAAAUUCGAGACAACGGCCCCGGCCUCGCGCCGGGCAUUGCAGACGACCCGUUCCGCCCGUUCCAGACCACCAAGGCAGACGGUAUGGGCAUCGGGCUUGCCAUCAGCCGCACGAUCAUCGUCGCCCACGGCGGCCGGCUCUGGGCCGAGAGCCCGCCGGAGGGCGGUGCCGCCUUUUGCUUCUCUCUGCCGGUCGGAGGUAAUCCAAUGGCUGACGGGGGCGUCGUGGUCGCGGUCAUCGACGAUGACGACGCCGUGCGCGAUUCGCUCGGCGCGCUGCUGGAGGCGGAGGGUUACGACGUGGACACUUACGCCUCGGGCCCAGCUUUCCUGGAGGCCUUGCCGGACGCUCUGCCUGCCUGCGCUCUCGUCGAUGUGCGGAUGCCGGAGAUGGAUGGGCUGGAGUUGCAGCGGAGGCUGGCGGACGCCGCACCGGCGCUGCCGGUCAUCAUCAUCACGGGUCACGGCGACAUCGCGAUGGCGGUCAGGGCGAUCAAAGCCGGCGCCGUCGAUUUCGUCGAAAAGCCGUUCCCGGAUCGCGCAAUUUUGGACGGUAUCGCGCAGGCGCUCGCCUCGCGUGAGGAAGCGCUCAACCGCGAGACGCGCCGUCUCGACAUCCACCGGCGACUCGACCGGCUGACUGCGCGGGAGCGCGAGGUCUUCGAACGGCUGGCUCGCGGAAGCUCGAACAAGGCCGUCGCCCGCGACCUGGGCAUCAGUCCGCGCACUAUCGAGGUGCACCGCGCGCGGAUCAUGGAGAAACUGCAGGCGCGCAAUCUCGCGCAUCUCGUGCGCAUGGCGGUGAUCGCGCAGGUGACAUGGGCGAUAUCUGACCGUGCCGCUGCGCCGAUAGGCGCGGCGUCGCCGCCAGAAGCCAUGCCUGCCGCUCCCUAA